GCGGGAGUGUGUUUGUGUUGUCACCUGACUGGCAGCGUCUGCGGCAGCCGUCACAACAGCCGUCACAACAGCCCGACGGCUCGGCGGCAGCUCCGUCGCUCUGCUCGUUGGACCGGGCUGGGUUAUGGUUCCCGGCGAGGCCAGAGGCGUACACGCAGGUUUCUACACCCGGGACCCAUGGCGGCCGAAAUCCAGCCGCAGCCGCAGGCUCGUAAGCCGUGUCUGCUGAGCGCGAUCGAGGCUUUCCAAGAUGUGGUGAGCUCGGCGGUGAUCAUCCCCAAAGAGGACGGCGUGAUCAGCGUGUCUGAAGACAGGACGAUCCGGGUAUGGCUGAAGAGAGACAGCGGUCAGUACUGGCCCAGUGUCUACCACACAAUGUCCUCGUCAUGCUCGUGUAUGUCCUUUAACCCAGAGACCCGGAGGCUGUCGGUGGGGAUGGAUACUGGAACUAUCUGUGAGUUCGUCCUGUCAGAAGAUUACAAUAAGAUGAGCCCAGCGCGCACCUACCAGGCCCACCAGGGCCGGGUGACAGUGGUGCUGUUUGUGUUGGAGAUGGAGUGGCUCCUCAGCACCGGCCAGGACAAAAACUUCACGUGGCACUGCUCCGAGAGCGGCCAGGUGCUGGGGACGUACCGCACCGCCGCCUGGGUUUCUGGACUACAAUUCGAUGUGGAGACCAGACACGCCUUCGUCGGGGACCAGUCUGGUCAGGUGACCAUCCUGAAGCUGGAGCCGGACAGCUGCAGCCUGGUGACCACAUUCAAAGGACACACAGGUAAUGUGACUGCACUGUGUUGGGACCCGGCCCAGAGGGUUCUGUUCUCCGGCAGCUCAGACCACUCCAUCAUCAUGUGGGACAUCGGAGGGCGGAAAGGCACGGCCAUCGAGCUGCAAGGACACAAUGACAAGGUCCAAGGCUUGUGCUACGCCUCACACACCCGUCAGCUCAUCUCCGGCAGCUCGGAUGGAGGCAUCGUCAUCUGGAACAUGGACGUAACGCGACAAGAGACACCAGAGUGGCUGGACAGCGACUCCUGUCAGAAGUGUGAGCAGCCUUUCUUCUGGAACUUUAAACAGAUGUGGGACAGUAAGAAGAUCGGCUUACGACAGCACCACUGUAGAAAGUGUGGCCAGGCCGUGUGCGGCAAAUGUUCCUCCAAACGCUCCACCAUCCCACUCAUGGGCUUCGAGUUUGAGGUGCGGGUGUGCGACAGCUGCCACGAGUCCAUCACCGAUGAGGACCGAGCACCCACGGCCACCUUUCACGACAGCAAGCACAGCAUUGUUUACAUGCACUACGAGCCCACUACUGGGAACCUGCUCACCUCGGGCACCGACAAAGUUGUCAAGCUAUGGGACAUGACUCCGGUGGUGUCCUGAGGUUUGCUGACAGCCAGCAGUUGACAGGAACCUCUGUUUGUGCACCUUGGAAGAGAAUGAGAGGGAUACGUCCAACAACGCCGACGCGAUCUAGAUAAUAUUUAACAGUGAUUCGAAAACAAGCAGUGACUGGUGCACGUUCACGGUGAUGACACUGCAGGCCAGUGAAGCCUGGGAGGACACAGGGUGACAGACCCUGCGUUUGUGUGAGACCUCAACCGCUGUGUUUGUGUGUGUGUGUGUGUGUGUGUGUGUGUGUGUGUGUGUGUGUGUGUGUGCUGUAUGUGAGUGAGGGGAGCGGUGAAAUUUACCUUCAUAAGCAAUGAGCAGAUUCAUUUACUCGAUGUUCAUACAUUCCUCACCAAACAGUAGCUUCUAACCUGCUGGAGGUUUUUCGGUGUUUAAUCGUUCAGUUGUUCCACCUGGAGCAGCUCCAGCCUUCAGCACCUGAUGGAUGGAAAAGCAACGUAACAACAACAGAGUAACAGCAGCAGCUUAGACCUGUGAACGCAGACGUGAAAGAAAGCUGAACCUCACAUUUGCACCACCUGCAGGUAAACGGUUAGGUAUUGACUGCAGUGGGUUUUAUUUACUCAAACCUGCUGCUUGUCUUCAUUUAUGUGGCGUCCACUUUAGACACAGCACUGGAUGAAAGCUUUCUUUUUCAAGCUUGCUUUCAGUCAGAGGCUGCUGCUGUUACUCACCCCCUGCACGAGGCGCCGGAGGCCGUCCUGCAGAUGUUUCUAUCAUAAAAUCAAUCCCAUGUAGUCAUGAGAAAAUGUUCCAGUGGCUCAAGUGGGAAUGCGUGAAGGCCUCUAAGCUGCACGGUGUCACGUUUUUUUUUUUAGUCUUUUGAUGUAUGUGUGCCUGCUCGACUAAAUAGUCUCUCCCCUAAGUGUUACACAAAAGCCAAAACCUUUUAGCACCGGCCCGUUUACAAAAUCAUCCUGUGCUAGCGAUGUCAGUGAGAAAUCAUGCAUAACAAACAUAUCUGAACUCACACAGGACGCCUAAAUGGUUCAUAUCUGUAGCUUAGCAGAGACAUCUGCUUCGGUUUGAACUGGGAACUAUGUAGCAUCUCAAAGCUCCCACAGCAUCUGCACCUCUCGUCCAGCUUUCACCAGUGGCUUUCAGCGUGUCUGUUUUCUUCUCGCCACCGUUACGGUUUCACGUCACAUUACUGUAAACUGACUGUCUUUGUCCACGCACUGGAAUCAACAAGCAAAAUCUUCUACUGUGAAGACAAAUUGUGUUUCUGAUUAAGGGUUAAGUCUGACUUUCCCAAAGACGUUUAGUCUAUAAAGUUACGAUAAUGUUUAAGAGUUUAUCCUGUGACUGAAGAGUCAGAGGUUCAUUUACUGCACUUCACUUGUAAUUUGGCUCAUGAGACACAAGUUCAUGGAGACUGAAUCAGUUGGUUUCCAGUUAAGAGGUCGUCACACUGUUGAAACGAGAACAAAAUGGUGGAACAGUAUGGAAAUGCAAAACUGAAGAGAUCCCACUAUUGUGAUUCAAAAUGCUUAUCGGAUGAAAUUAUUCUGAGGCCAGUGGUGUAGUUUUCUGUUGUGACUGUAACCAGUGUAUAAAUUAUAUUAAAAGGCAGGGAUUUACCUGCUCCUCCACACUCAA